AUGCAUCUAAUUGACACCCAUUCGCCCGUUUCUGAGAAGAUGGCGCUGAGCCAGCUCAGUCAUGCCGUCAAAGCUGGUGAUGCUGAAGGCAUAGACCAAAUUUUGGUUCGUCUCCAGGGCGACUAUUACAUCGUUCGUGAUGGGAUUUUUCAAGGAUGGACGCCGGUUCACUGCGCAGCCUACCUGGGAUGUCUGUCAGCUUUGACCACAAUUCUGCAAGAAAAGCAAGCGUACGUUCACUUACAGACAGUAAAGAACCGCGAAACUCCUCUUCAUCUUGCUGCUUUGUUGGGAAAUGUUGAUUGCCUAAAUUUGCUUCUUCAUGCGGGAUCGGAUAUUAAAGCCAAAGACGUUAUGGGCGAAACGGCACUCCACAAAGCAGCUCGUUGCGGCAAUGUGGAAUGCUUAAGAAUGUUAAUAGGAUGCGGUAGCGAUCUAAGCGUAGCGAAUGAACGAGGUCAAACACCCGCGGACGUAGCCGAAAGUUGUGGGCAUGUGGAAUGCGGCACCUACUUGCGGCAGGCGCUCACGUUACAAAGAAAAGGCCUUUACCCGCCUUUUGAUCCGAGGGAAAACCACCAAAAUAACGCCUUUUCGGAAUCGUAUACCAGAGAUAAUGACGUCGAUAUGGAUGUCAUACAUGAAGAAGAUAUGAGACCCUUUUGUUCUCGUAUUAGUUGA